AUGAAAUUCAACGCUGCACACUACCUGCUGCCCCUGCUGCCUGCACUCGUCCUCAGCACCAGACAGGACUAUGAAGAGCUAGAGAAGCAGCUGAAGGAAGUCUUUAAGGAACGCAGCACUGUCCUGCGGCAGCUGACAAAGACAUCCAGGGAACUGGACGGGAUCAAAGUCAACCUUCAGUCUUUGAAAAAUGAUGAGCAAACUUCCAAAACAGAUGUUCAGAAGCUUCUGGAGCUAGGCCAGAAACAGAGGGAAGAAAUGAAGUCUCUCCAGGAGGCCCUGCAGAAUCAGCUUAGAGAGACAUCUGAAAAAGCAGAGAAACAUCAGGCCACAAUUAAUUUUUUGAAGACUGAAGUGGAAAGAAAGAGCAAAAUGAUCCGUGACUUACAGAAUGAGAAUAAAAGCUUGAAAACCAAACUGUUGUCAGGAAGCAAGCUGUGUGGAAUCCAUGCAGAAGAGUCAAAAAAAAUCCAAGCCCAACUGAAAGAGCUCCGUUAUGGGAAGAAGGACUUAUUAUUUAAGGCCCAACAGCUCACCGAACUGGAACAAAAGUUAGCUGUAGCCAAAAAUGAACUUGAGAAAGCAGCUCUUGACAGGGAAUCACAGAUGAAAGCCAUGAAAGAGACUGUCCAACUAUGCUUGACAUCAGUUUUCCGAGAUCAGCCUCCUCCUUUGAGUCUCAGCCCAUCAAAUCCAACACAGAUGUUGCAUCAGCCCAGGACAAUUGCUUCCAAGAUUCCAGAUUCGAGGACAAAAAGCAAGCCACAAAAAAGUUCUCCAGGAAUCCAUGAGAGCUCCCGAGUUCAGGCAACAAAAGAAGAGAAGAGAAGAACCUCUGUGUGUGGUCCUCAAGAUGAGGGUAGUUCCUGUUUGGUGAAGCAUGAGGAGGGUCCCCAAAGAAACAUCACUGCAGAAUCAGAGCCCGCAACACAGAAAUUGCAAAUGCCUCUUUGUUCUGAAUGUGAGGAGAAAAAAGGCUCAGAGAAACAAUCAGCCACUUUCGAUGGGAUUCCAGCUAGAGAAGAAAAAAUACUGUAAACAGAAGACACAGAAGAGUCAAAUACGUCUAUUUCCUGCUGUCUAAUGUUUCUAGAGUGCAGACUCGAUGGGAACACCAUGUUUCUAAAGCAUGCAACUUUUUCAACCUUUUCUGUAACUUUAUAAUGUUGACCACCACACAAUUUCCAAGAUUCCAGACCAAUUAUAAAUUUUAGCAAUAAUCUAAUGAAAAGGUUUUCUUCACUUAUACAUAUCUAAUUGUCCUCCCUAAAAUUACCCAGUAUAAAUUGAUCUGUUUUGAGCUAAAAAGAAACCUUGACCUUUCUUGGUCUUUGUGUGGAUAUCUAGUACUUCAAAGGUCUAGUUGCUAACAUCAACUGAAGGAUGCUCAAAUGUGAGUCCUCAGUGUU